UUUCAGAAAGUCUGAAAAAAAAUCCAAUCCGGUAGUGCGUAACCUGCCAUUGGCCGUCACGAAGAAAAACCCGGAAGUGUUUUCCUUUUGCCCAUAUGUCGAUAGUCGCUAUUCACGCGUUAGCUGAACUUCGGCUUCUCUGACGCUCAGAGUUUUUGUUAUUUUGGGGUCCCAAAAAUGUCUUCCAAAGUCAACAAUAAGGACCACGAUUUGGCCGGACGGUCUACCGAACGCAAGGAGGAGCUAAACAAACAGAUCAAGCAGCAAACGGUGGCUGUGGACGAGCUGUCUGGUUUGAAGAAGGACAGAGUGAGUUUGAUUAAAUGAAUGUAUUACAGUUAUCCGUGACUGAGAUAUUUGAAUGAAUUGGGUUUCUGUUUUGCCUUUAGAAAGUGUACGUCCAGCAGAGGAACAGCAACAUAUUGUUCUUAGCGGACAGAGGACAGACCUUGAGUUCAUGCAAGAAGAAGCUGGACAGCCUGACGAAGGAGUUGCAAGACCUGUGAAGCUGAGCAAUCCUGCAACCAUGUGUGGCAUCUUUUGUCUUGUGAGUCCAGCGUCCUCUCGGUUCACGUGGGACAAAGGCAUUUACGAACAUUUAAAAAGAAGAGGCCCCGACUCCAGCGAGGAUUUCAUUGUCUCGGGCUCCGAUCCUCCUUACCGCUGCUUGUUCUCGGCUCAUGUUCUCCACAUGAGAGGUCUCCUCACAACUCAGCCGCUCCGGGACCCUGCUGGCAACGUCCUGGUCUGGAACGGGGAGGUCUUUGGUGGUUUACAAGUCCUGCCACCUGAAAACGACACCGCUGUUGUUCUGAGGCAUUUGUCUUCAUGCAGCGACCCGUCUGACAUUUUGUCUGUCCUGUCCACCGUUCGAGGCCCCUGGGGGUUUGCGUACUACCAAAAGAGCCAAGACUGCCUCUGGUUCGGGAGGGAUUACUUUGGGAGAAGGAGUUUGCUCUGGAAGUAUGACCAAACACUGAAGGCCUUGACCCUCAGCUCUGUGGGGGCCAGCCCCUGUGAACCCGGUCACUCUGACUCCUUUCGAUCCCAGCAGUUCGGCACGAGUGGAUCUGGCCAGUCCAAUGCUUGUGGACCGACUCAGUCCAGCCCUCGUAAUCCUGGAUCGUGUGUAUGGCAGGAGGUCCCUGCGGCCGGCGUGUACAGGAUCGACCUGAAGUCAGUGGUAGAAUCCGGCUCACCGACGAUAGAACUUUAUCCCUGGUCUCAGGGUGGAGAUGAUCGGGUUUCCGCUUGCCUGGAGACUACCCAGCUUCCUGGCCCGGGCAGCUGCAUCAUACUGAAGAACCCCCCGGAUCUGCUUCGAUCACCCGUCAAUCCUUUGAAUACGACACUGAACGAGCAGCGUGAAAGAGAGCCCAUCGGGGAGGAUCCGGAAGAGCUUCUGGACAAGAUCAAAAAGGAUCAAGCAGUGAAAGGUCUGAUCGAUGUUCUCAGCGAGGCUGUCAGGAGACGCGUGCAGUCUUUGCCCAAUGAAUCACAAGUCGGCGACCAUUCCAGCAUUGGCAUCCUUUUCUCAGGCGGCAUCGACUCUAUGAUGCUGGCCAUCCUGGCUCACCGUCACGUACCCGAUUGUCAAUCUAUAGACCUUAUUAACGUGGCUUUUCGACAGCGGGAGGCUCAGAAAGCCUCUGCCAAGAAACAAAAAGCCAGUAAGAGUCAGUCCGAAACACAAACAUGCAACCCAUUCGAUGUCCCGGACAGAAUCACCGGCAAAUCCGGCCUUAAGGAACUACAGGCCUUGGCUCCAGAGAGGCGAUGGAACUUUGUGGAAGUGGACGUAACGCAGGAGGAGCUGCAACAAGCGCGACGCCAACGCAUCAGUCACUUGGUGCACCCACUGGACACUGUACUGGACGACAGCAUCGGCUGCGCGGUGUGGUUCGCGGCCAGAGGCAAGGGGUUCCUGGGCCGGGACCGCGACCGGGUCGGCUUCAUGUCUUCGGCCAAGGUCAUUCUGACAGGAAUCGGAGCCGACGAGCAGCUGGCAGGUUACGCGAGACACAGAGUGAGGUUCAAGACAUCCGGAUACCAAGGGCUGGUCCAAGAAAUAGCCAUGGAGCUCGGCAGGAUCUCCUCCAGGAACUUGGGAAGGGAUGACAGAGUGAUUGCAGACCACGGGAAAGAGGCCAGGUUCCCGUACCUGGACGAGAGCGUGGUGAGCUACCUGAACUCUCUGCCCAUGCGCGACAAGGCCGACCUGACGCUCCCGCGGGGCGUCGGCGAGAAACUGCUGCUGAGGCUGGCCGCCCGCCGGCUGGGCCUCGGACCGUCCGCCGUCCUCCCCAAGAGGGCCAUGCAGUUUGGCUCGCGCAUCGCCAAGAUGGAGAACGGCCGCGAGAAGGCGUCGGACCGCUGCGGCAGGCUGCUCGCCGAGUAGGCGGAAGGAUUCGUCGCGUCUGUGGAUCAAGUUUGCCAAUCAAAUCUGGAAAGAUGUGCUCCGGUGCUCUCUCUACAUCAUGUACGCGGGCACGUUUUGGAGUUUGUCCUUGAAAUACUGGUCGCAGUCCACGUAGGACUGCAAGUUGCCCACGUCGAAACGCCCGCCAAUCUCGUGUACAAACACGGGUUUUCUGUGAAAUGAGAAAAACUGAUAUAUUAAAAAUCUGCCUCACAGAAUACUGUGCUCAAAUUCA